CCCCCCUCCUCUUCAAAACCAACCAGUUCUGCCCUCCAUACAACUGCAAGGAAAUACAAACCAUCUCAAUAUACACCCAUUCACCCAAACCUCCCUUUCACUAAUUUCUGCUUUUUUGAUCUUGGUAUUCCUCGAACUCUGGCAUGGAGAGCGACGAGAAGAAUAAUUCAAGCUCUUUUCCAAUCGGAGAGACUGCCCAAGAGAAGGGGCUGUCUCAUGUGCCCGAAGCCUAUGAGGUUCCGUCUUCACAGAGGCCCAGUUUAGAGCCGGAGACGGCGGAUGUGCCCCUCAUUGACCUCAACGGACUCCGUUGUGGUGGCGCCGCCGAUCGCCGGGGUGCCAUCGUCGAGGAGAUUGGGCAGGCGUGCCGCCGCUAUGGCUUUUUUCAGGUUGUGAACCAUGGGAUAGACCAAGCGGUGCUGGAAGGAGCCCUUUCUGCGGCCUCUGAUUUUUUCAGCUUGCCGGCGCCGGAGAAGAUCAAGUUUUUUUCCAAUGACGUGCACAAGCCCGUCAGGUAUGCGUCAAGCUUGAAAGACGGCGUCGACACGAUCCAAUUUUGGCGUAUCUUCUUGAAACACUACGCUCAUCCGUUGGGGGACUGGAUUAACUCUUGGCCUGCAAACCCACCAACCUACAGGGAGGAGAUGGGAAGAUACGCCAUGGAAGUGAGGAAGCUGGGUUUGGAGCUCAUGGAAGCCAUCACAGAGAGCCUUGGAAUUGGACCAAAAUACACGAGUGACAAAAUGGAGCAAGGAAUGCAAGUGAUGGCCAUCAACUGCUACCCGCCGUGCCCGCAGCCUAGCCUGGCGCUAGGGCUGCCUCCGCACUCCGACUACAGCUGCCUGACGGUGCUGCUUCAGAGCUUCGCCGGCCUCGAGAUUUUCGACUCCAAAGACGGCCAGUGGCAACUGGUUCCAGACGUCGAUGGCGCCCUGCAAGUCCACGUCGGCAACCAUCUUGAGGUGCUGAGCAAUGGCAGAUUCAAAAGUGUGGUUCAUAGGGCGUCGCUUCAUCAUGAGAAGACGAGGAUCUCCAUUGCCAGUCUGCACAGCUUGGCCAUGGAUGAGAAGAUGGGGACGGCCAUGGAGCUUGUGGACGAAGAGCAUCCGAAAGGGUACAAAGAGAGCAGCCUGAGAGAUUUUCUGGAUUUUCUGGCCAAGCAUGAUCUUGGACAGGGGAAGAGCUUCAUAAAGUCACUUCAAAUCUAGAUGGCUAGGGGGUGUUUGGCUUACUGUCGUUAAAAAUAGCUUUUAAGCUACUUAGCUUUUAAGUUGUAUAAAGCUUAAAAGCUAGGUAGCGUUUAAGCUAAUAACUUAUUUAAAUAAAUGUAUUUUUAAGCUACCACUUAAUGGUUAUGUAUUUGGUUUGAAA